AUGGAAAUAGUUGAUGCAAGCUUCCUCGGGAACGAUACCAAUAUUACUGCUUUCCUGUGCAAUAUCAUCUUGGAAAAUGACACUAUUUUCUGUGUGGAUGAUCCACCUUAUCCUUCUAAAGAUUUGCAUCAGAUAAUUCGGAUUCUGCUGUAUUGUUUGAUAUUUCUGCUUAGCGUUUUGGGGAACAUUCUGGUAAUUACAGUGCUGAUAAGGAACAAGCGGAUGAGAACGGUCACCAAUACGUUUCUGCUGUCACUCGCAGUCAGCGACCUGAUGCUCUGCAUUUUCUGCAUGCCGUUCACCCUCAUCCCCAACCUGCUGAAAGAUUUUAUUUUUGGUAGCGCCGUUUGCAAAACUGCCACUUAUUUCAUGGGUGUCUCUGUAAGUGUAUCUACGUUCAACCUGGUUGCCAUAUCUCUGGAGAGAUACAGUGCCAUUUGCAAACCUCUGCAGUCCAGGGUCUGGCAGACAAAAUCUCAUGCCUUGAAAGUGAUUGCUGCUACCUGGUGUAUUUCCUUUACGAUCAUGUCACCGUACCCCAUUUACAGCAAACUGGUACCUUUUACUAAGUAUAACAACACCACAGCUAACAUGUGCCGGCUCCUUUGGCCAAGUGAUGUCAUUCAGCAGUCUUGGUACACUUUCCUGCUGCUCAUACUCUUUCUUAUACCUGGGAUUAUAAUGAUGGUUGCGUAUGGCCUAAUUUCUUUGGAACUCUACAGAGGAAUAAAAUUUGAUACCAGCCAGAGAAAAUCUUCACGAGAAAGAAAAAUAAGUACCUGCAGCGCCAAAUACGAGGAUGGAGAUGGAUGCUACCUCAACAAAACGAAAAGAAAAAGGAAAAUGCCAUUGCAACAGCUCUCUGUUACCAGCCAUAGCAAAAUAGACAGGGUGAGAAGCAGCAGCUCUUCUGCCAACUUAAUGGCCAAGAAACUCGUCAUCCGCAUGUUGAUGGUGAUAGUGAUUUUGUUUUUCCUUUGCUGGACUCCCAUCUUCAGUGUCAACGCCUGGCGCGCGUUCGACACCACGUCGGCAGACCAGCGUCUCUCAGGAGCUCCCAUCUCCUUUAUCCACUUGCUGUCCUACACGUCUGCCUGCGUCAACCCCAUCAUAUACUGCUUUAUGAACAAGCGUUUCCGCGUGGGCUUUCUGGACACUUUCACCUGCUGUGUGAAGCAAAAGCCCCCUGCAAUACGGGGAGAGGUUGGUGAUGAAGAGGAGGGGAAGACAACAGGGGCUUUGCUCUCCAAGUGUUCUUACACGCACAUGAAUGCAUCCGCGCCCGCCUGA